GUUCGUUCAGGGGCAUAUAAUUAUAGAGAGCGUGUAAAGUUCAAUUAUGUUAUACAAAGGAAAUGAAAGUGACACACAUACAGACACACACCCACAGAAUAAAUGUAAACUAGAACUGCCUUUGGAUUUGAAAAGAAAACAGCUGAAGAGAUAGCAAACUGUAAGAUGGGCAACUGGGUUGUGAAUAAUUGGUUCUCUGCACUAAUAAUUGUGGUCUGGCUGGGUAUUAACAUUUUCCUGUUUGUCUACUAUUACAUCUUUUAUAACAAUCAGGAUCAGUUUUCCUACACCCGACAAGUUAUUGGAUCUGCAUUGCCAUGGGCCCGAGCCCCAGCUGCCUGCCUCAAUUUCAACUGCAUGCUUAUUCUUUUACCCGUAUGUCGUAACCUGCUGUCCUUUCUCAGAGGUUCAUGUGGGUGCUGCCGACGGACCAUAAGAAAGCAACUUGAUAAAAACAUCACCUUUCACAAGCUGGUGGCCUAUAUGAUUGCAUUGCAUACUGCUGUGCAUACAAUUGCUCAUCUGUUUAACCUGGAGAGGUUCAAUGACAGUCGUCAGGGAAAGGCAAGCAAUCUCAGCUCUAUACUUUCUGCUCUGGGCGAUAAACCAGAAGAAAGCUGGGUUAACCCCAUUCGCUCAAAUGACACGACGCCCACAUAUGUUGCUUUCACCACCAUAGCUGGACUGACUGGGGUUAUCAUCACCUUAUGCCUUAUCCUUAUAAUAACAUCAUCCACAGAGACCAUUCGUAGGUCUUAUUAUGAAGUGUUCUGGUACACUCACCAUCUCUUCAUUAUAUUCUUUGCUGGACUUGUCUUCCAUGGAGCAGGUCGGAUAGUCCGCUCUCAGACUGCGCAAAGUAUGAAAGUGCAUGAUUUUGAUGACUGCCACAAGGAUCCAGAAGAGUGGGGAAAGAUUGACAAUUGCACCAUACCUCAAUUUGCUGGAGGAGAACCAAUGACAUGGAAAUGGGUCCUGGGUCCCAUGAUUCUCUAUGUUUUUGAGAGGUUGUUACGACUCUGGCGUUCUCUACAGAAGGUUGUGAUCACAAAGACCGUCAUCCACCCUUCAAAGGUCUUGGAGAUACAGAUGAAGAAGAAGGGGUUCAAAAUGGAAGUUGGGCAGUAUAUCUUCAUCAACUGCCCCUCCAUCUCUCAGCUGGAAUGGCAUCCCUUCACUCUGACUUCUGCUCCGGAGGAAGAUUAUUUUUCUGUCCAUGUGCGGUCAGUAGGAGAUUGGACUGAGGCCAUGUAUGACACUUUCCAAAAGAACAUGCCUCGGCUCUGUGUAGAUGGCCCCUUUGGUACAGCCAGUGAAGAUGUAUUUAAGUAUGAGACAAGUGUCCUGGUUGGUGCAGGCAUUGGAGUGACACCUUUCGCCUCAAUCCUCAAAUCUGUUUGGUACAAGUUCCAGAAUUCAGAUUCAAGGCUCAAAACACAAAAGAUCUACUUUUACUGGAUCUGCCGGGAAACUGGUGCCUUUGCUUGGUUUGCUGAUCUCCUUAGUUCUCUCGAGCUACAAAUGGAGGAACAAGGGAAAGCCAGCUUUGUCAGCUACAAGCUCUUCCUUACUGGCUGGGACAACACUCAUACUGAGCACAUUAUGGUUCAUUUUGACAAGGACACAGAUGUUAUCACAGGACUAAAGCAGAAAACAUACUAUGGAAGGCCAAAUUGGGAGCAGGAAUUCUCAGCCAUUGCUAAUGCACAUUCCAGAUCUGUUGUGGGAGUGUUUCUCUGUGGACCACCAGCCUUAGGUCAAACACUGGAGACAUGUUGUACCAGAUUUUCAAAUGUGGGCCCUCGGAAGGUGCAGUUUUACUUUAACAAAGAAAAUUUCUGAAGGAUGAAUCUUGUGAUGGCAAAGACAUUGGUGUGGACCAAGCAGCAAGAAUAUCAAGUGAAAUGUUUGGAAAUUCGGGCCCAUCUGUGUUUUUUUUUAAAGGUACUCUGCAAAGGAAGCCAUAGCAAAUAUUGUGUGCCCAUCUUCCUAAUGGUUAAAGGUGGAAUACAACAGCAAUGAUCCUUGUUUUUGUACACUGAACAGAAUACAUUUCUUUCGCUUGUGGAAAUUUGUUUUUAUUUUACAUGGUCCUGUAAGAUGAGGUUUGAACAGACUGAGAAGCAGUUUAGGAGAAAUUACAGUGAUUUGAAUUAAUGCAAAAAUAAAAUUUCUGUGACUAACUCAGUUUUUUUUUUAUAAAGCUGGUACAUGCUACAAAAUUCUGAAGAAACAAUUCUGUUUCCUCCUGUACGACCUUACACCUGUCAUUCUGCUACAGUGUUAUCAGAGACAAUAAGAAUACAGAUGGAAUAUUUAACUGUUUUUUUUUUAAUUCUGCAUAAUUUAUGUUCUGCAACUGUAUCAUUGUUUUAUAUUUAUAUGGCUACAUUUUGUUGAAUGACUGAUAAAAUAGUAUUACAUAAGUUUAUAAAUGAAAUUUGAAAUAAUACAUUUUUUCAUAGAUAUUGAUUUCUUAAGCCAGAUGAUAUAAAGAUGUACAGCAUUCUACAAAUUCACGCGUAUCAGUCAAUAUAAAGGCAACUGGUUAUCGUCUUUAAUAGUAGGUGAUGAGAUGUGAUUUCAGGAGGAGUUUGGCAUCACACUAGUCAGCAACAACCCUGCUCCUAUCAACCAUAAUGAUUCCUGAUGCCUGUUUCUCAAAGGUCUUUACUGUUAUACCCAUCCCCAAAGUAAACAACUGUUAGCUCAUGGCUCAGAAUUAUUUAGUGUUCGAUAACAGCAGAUACACAUAGGCACUGCAUUUAUACAUCACCCAUAUAAAACAGUUCCGUAUAAACACAUUGGGCCAGAUUCUGAAAGAGCUGUUCUCAGUGUAAAUGACUUGCUACAGUGUAAGGCCUGUCUAUAAACAGGCUUUCUAUGGGGACCAGAGUCCAAAACAGCUGCUCUCAGUGUAAUGGACAGUUAUACUGAGAACAAGUCUCUUGGAAUCGGGGCCAUUGUCCUUGUAAGCUGUGUUAUUAUUAUUGCACACAGUACCAAAGAGUAGUCAGUCACUUUGUACUGGGACCCCUUAUCUUGUACUGUACAGUAUUAGAACACAUGUCUUUUCUGCAUGGGUUAGGUGCUUCAUUUUACAAGUAGGCCUUGUUCCUUUAUGCAUUAUAUCCAUUUAGUGUACUGCUUGUAGUGGCUUGUCUUUGCUUAAUAAAUUGUUACUCCUUUUAAGGAUACUUUUUUUCAUUUUUACAGUCUGCAACUGUCUGAAAAACAAGUACUAUCAUACCACAUUUAUGUCAACCCCAUAAAAGAGAACUUUAUGCUAAGCACAACUUUUCUAAUCCUAAAAUGUCCUUUACUCUACAUGAAAUAUCUCUUAUACUGCUAAAUGUUGGUCAAAAUCAUAUCGGAAGAAUCUGCCUAAUAAUAAAUAACUGCAGUAUACAUACCUUAGUGUGACAUAGGGAUUUGUAUACUCCCAUGAACCUUAGGGCCAUAGUACCCGUGUACUUUUAUACUUCGGAAGGUCAUGCAUAGCAGACUGGUCCAAGAAAUGAGGUAAACACAGUGCAAGCCAAAAUGCUGGCCCUUGUGAUAAAAUUGUUAUAGAACAAGAAAACCUAGGAUCCACCUCUGGGCUGGUGUUCGGGUGCCUCUCAUGGCCUGGUCAAGUCAG